AUGUGGCAAAAAUAUUUCUUCAAUUGCAAUGCAUAUAAGAAAGCAUUCCACAGACAAGAAUUUAAAUGUGAGGAGAUUAAAAACGUUUAUGAUGUCAAAAAUGGAUUUAAAAUUCAUCUAGACCAAAAAAGUUUACAAAUUUAUUUGGCUAUGGAAAAGAAAACAUCAAGAUUAAUUUGGAUUGUCCAUGGAAGAGAUCAUUUCAUUGGUUUUAAAAGGGAUAUAAAUGCAUAUAUAUUAAGUGAUGCAAUUCAAGAAUUGAACUUUCGAAAUACCGAAUUUGGGGGAAUAAACAGCAAUCAUAUUUUAGUAUUACUCCUUUUAUUCUUCCAUCCAGAAAAUAGAUAUUUUAAAUAUGGCAUGCACAAUAGAAAUUUUAAAGCGCAAAAUUUCCAAGUUUUUGAUACGGAUUUACAUGGUGCACCAAUAAUAACUUCAAAUGAUUCAAUUUUUUUCUCAAAAUAUGGUGUAACCUUUAGUUUGGGAAACAUCAAUUCAAAUUAUGAAGUAUUUAAAAAGCUAAUUGAAAUAGAAGAAGCAAAAGAGAAAGAAAAAAAUAAUAAUAAAGAAACCACCAAAAAAGAGAAAGGAUCUUCUGCAAACACUGAAUCUAUAAAUGAAGAUCUAGAAUAUUUAAAAUUUCCUAAAGAUUAUACAGAUUUUAAUGAAGUUUUUAAUAAUUUGAUUAAACAACAUACAUCAGGAAAAUUAAGAAAAGUUUUACUACAGAAUAUUGAAAUUUAUCCAGUAGGUAGUUGGAGUCGAAAAACCGAAACUGCUACAAAAAUGUUAAGGAGAAUACUUUUGGCAAUGGAAAAUGAUCAUGCGAUAAUGAAGAGGUUGGUGUUUUUAGCCAUAGGAGAGUCACACCAAAUUGCUAGAAAAUUUGAAAAUUUCGAAAAAACGGUUAAUGCUAAAUUAAAAUACUACGAAAGUAAUAAUGAUUAUAAUAAUAAUAUUAAUUAUAAUAAUAUUUAUAAUGAUAAAAAUAUGCAAUUUCCUCAAACUAAUACUGUGAAUAGUCAAGUUCAAACUAAUAGUAAUAAUUUCAAUACACAAAUAAACAACAAUAUUAAUAAAAAAAAAGCAACAGAUGAAAAUUUAGAUACAAAUGUUAAAAAAAGAGUUGGCAGACCUAAAAAAGACGCUAGUGAAAAAAAAGAAACUAAAGCUACCAAAGCAACCAAAAAAACCAAAUCAGACAAAACAGAUAGACCAGAUAUUAGUGAUAAUAGUAAUACAGAACAUGGCUCCAAUAUCAAUAUGGGACCUAAUGAAAGCAAUCAAAUUAAUAAUAGAAAUAGUUUAAAUAAUAAUAGUGAUAAUAGUAAUAAUAAUCUAAAAAGUUCUCUUAAUAACCUUAAAAAUGAUUUAGAUGGAAUAAACAGAGAUUUAAAUGGUUAUUUCGGGGGUGGUACAGUGUCAAGAGAUAAUGAUAGCCCAAUCCAAACAAAUAGUAGCAUAGGUAAAAAUGAAUCGGUUAGCAAGGAUUCUUAUAGUGGUGCUGAGUUUGCCCCAAAGAAAAGGCCAUUUGCUAGAGAUGAUUCGUUUAGUAUUGCCGGCAUCCAAUCUCCAAAAUCCUCAUCUUCAACUCCUCCAUUUGAUUUUAAUAAAAGACUAAAUACCAGCUCUAGUAGUUUUUAUAGCAAUAGCAAAAAUAAUGGUAAUAAUAGUGGUAAUAAUAGUGGUAAUAAUAGUGGUAAUAAUAGCUUUAGUGAUUAUAGUUCUUAUGGUAGUGGCUAUGAAUAUAAUUAGAAGUUCAUAACCAAUUUUUACAAAAUCAAAUUAUAAAAAAAUAAAAAAAUAAAAAAAUAAACUAAAUAUGGUGCAUAAUUUC